AUGCCCUCUCAACUUAAGAGAGAAGCCGGGGAAGAAGAGAUGGCCGAGGCCACCACGGCUUCUGGCUCUGCGAACGACUCGGCCCCGGCGGCUCCCAAGACGAAGGAAGACGCCGUAAAGGAAGAGGACGUGCAAGAAGAGGAGGAAGAAGACGAAGGCGAAGAAGGCGGAGCUGCGGCUGGAGACAAGAAAAAGAAGAAAAAGAAAAAGAAGAAGGCAUCUGCUUCUGCCGCAGGAGAAAAGGGGGCGAACGUCUGCCCACCCGGACCCGCGGCGGUCGCUGCCGCUAAGAAACAAUCAGAGGAGAACACGGCAGUCCUGCGCCGCCUGAAAGAGUGGACUUCUUUCCCCGAAAAACAGACAUGGCCUCCGACAAAGCCCAUGCAUGAAGUCUUCUCCGACGGCUUGUAUCCUCCAGGCGAAGUCCGAGAAACCAAACGGAGGACUGCGGCGGAAGACCGCGAGGCAGUGCGCUUGGAAGCUGUCGACAUCCAAGCCAUCCGCCAGGCCGCCGAGUGUCAUCGUCAGGUUCGGCGGUAUAUCCAGGGCAUUGCGCGACCUGGAAUAAAGUUGAUAGACUUGUGCCAGUCUCUGGAGGCGAAGUCAAAGGAACUGAUUGCUGCGCAUAAGCUGGACCGAGGCUGGGGAUUUCCCACGGGUUGCUCCCUCAACCACUGCGCAGCUCACUAUACACCGAAUCCUGGAGACAACCGGGUGUUUGAGCAAGGCGACAUUUGCAAGUUGGAUUUCGGCGUACAGGUUGGCGGCCGGAUUAUCGACUGCGCGUUCUCGAUUGCCUUCGACGAGAAAUUCGACAAUCUCAUUCAAGCAACGCAGGAUGGAACAAACGUUGGUAUUUCUCACGCCGGCGCAGAUGCGCGCCUCUCCGAGAUUGGCGGCUACAUCCAAGAAGCGAUCGAAAGCUAUGAAAUGGAGAUUGACGGCAAGAUGGUCCCAAUCAAAUCCAUUCGCAACCUCACAGGACACUCCAUCGACCUCUACAGAAUCCAUGCUGGAAAGUCUGUUCCGAUUGUAAAGACGCCGGGUGCGCAGACGAGCAACGCUCCUUCGAACAUCAUGGAGGAAGGCGAAGUUUACGCGAUUGAAACGUUUGCUUCGACUGGUCGCGGCCAAGUGUCCGAGGAGGGGGAUUGCUCGCACUACAUGAAAGACGCCCACGCGCAGUUUGCAGCCUUGCGUCUGAAGAGUGCGAAAGACCUCCUCAAAGCGAUUGACCAAAAUUUCGGAACGUUGGCGUUCUGUCGGCGAUGGCUUGAGGACCUCGGCUGUACGCACCAUCUCCUCGCUCUGAAGCAACUCGUGGAAAAACAGAUCGUGUGUCCCUAUCCGCCGCUCAGCGACGUCAGAGGCUCUUUCACUUCCCAGAUGGAACACACCGUCUUCAUCGGUCGCCAGUCUGUGGAGGUUGUGUCGCGAGGAGACGAUUUCUGA